AUGCCCUCACGACUUCGCUGAAGAGUGGUCGUCGGUCGCACAAACCGAACGAGAUCAAGUGACAACUCGAGGUGCUCGGGGGAGAGUCGCGGAGCAAAGUCAUCGGAGCUUAGAGCGCUAAACGCCGAAUGGUGUGACGAUGUUUACCGAAUUGUUUUGCGACAAAGCAUCGUCUUCCACAUCAACAACCAACAUCAUCUUCGCCAUACUCAGAUAAUCAUAGUGCAUUUUAACAAUUCAGCUCUUAUACCUUGCAUCUGAUCCGAUUGCAUCAUCUCCACCUAACAUAACCUAAAGAAGCGAUGGAAAAGUUCCUGCGCGAUUGGCGACAGGAUGCUUUGAACAAACACCAGUACGAGUCUGCCAUCUUCGUCGGCGACAAGCUGCUCGCCCUGACCAACAAUGACAAGGACGCCUUCUGGCUAGCCCAAGUGCACUUCUCGACUGCGAACUACACACGCGCCCUCGGCUUCCUAUCACGUCAAGACCUGAUAGCCCGCAACCCGUCAUGCAAGUACCUCGCCGCACAUUGCUACGUCAAGCAGAGCCGAUACGAUGAAGCACUUCAAAUCCUCGGCGACAAGAACCCCGUCCACCUCAUAACCUCGUCGGAUCGAUCGCGCCGGAAACUGCAACAUCUGGAUCCGCGCAAUGGUCUUGGAAAAUUGGCGAAGCUGCCACAAUUGAGGUCAGAUCGGGUUGACCGCAGCGAGGAAAGAGACAAGGAAGACAUGAGCAAUAUUCGCUUCGAGGCUGCAAUGUGCUAUCUGCGUGGUCUCUGCUAUGCGAAACAGAACGCCUUUGAUCGCGCCAAAGACUGCUACAAGGACGCGGUCCGGAUCGACGUGCUUUGCUUCGAGGCUUUCGACCAGCUCAUGAAGAACUCGCUCAUGUCGCCAGCCGAGGAGUGGGAGUUUCUAGACUCACUGGAUUUUGACAGUGUCAGCGCGUCAGACAAUCCUUCGUCCAACAUGCAAGAAGCUGGGGAGUUUACAAAAAUGCUCUACACGACGAGAUUGUCAAAAUACAGCAGACCAGACGACUUCAAUGCUGCUGUCGAAACUCUGUCAACACACUACAAUCUGUCAAGCAAUUCUUCCAUCUUACUCUCAAAAGCCGAGCUUCUUUUUACAAACUGCCGCUUCCGAGAUGCUCUUUCCUUGACAACUCGAAUCCUCGAAACAGACCCCUACAAUUUCUCCGCCCUACCCGUCCAUCUAGCCGCCCUCUUCGAACUCAAGGAAACAAACGCCCUCUUCCUAUUGUCCCACGAUCUAGCAGACACGCAUUCGGAGGAAGCAUGCACCUGGCUCGCAGUCGGAACAUAUUAUCUCAGCAUCUCCCGCAUCCCUGAAGCACGCGGCUACUUUUCGAAAGCAUCUCUCAUGGACCCUCACUUCGGUCCCGCCUGGAUAGGCUUUGCCCACACAUUCGCCGCAGAGGGUGAACACGAUCAAGCCAUCUCCGCCUACUCCACCGCCGCCCGCCUCUUCCAAGGCACACAUCUGCCUCAACUCUUCCUCGGCAUGCAAAAUCUGUGUCUCGGAAACCUAUCGCUUGCAAGGGAAUACCUAGAAACCGCAUACACAAUGUGUGAAAAUGACCCUUUGGUGCUCAAUGAAAUGGGAGUAGCAUACUACCAAGACUCACAAUUCGACUCUGCAAUUCGCACUUUCGAACUCGCCAUCAACAUCAGUAAUGACGUCUCUGCCUCGGAGUCUACGCAAACGAGUCUGGAUAUCAAGACUAAUCUCGCACAUGCCUACCGCCGCAGCCACCGCCACCACGAAGCCCUUGACACAUUCUCCGAAGUCUUGAGACUAGGCGGUAAAGAUGCUUCCAUCUUUUCGGCAAAAGGAUUGGUGUGUUUGGAGUUGGAGGAAUGGUUUGAAGCUACUGUUGUAUUGCAUGAAGCUCUUGCAUUAACACCACAGGAUCCUGUGGCUACAGAACUUUUGGCUAGAGCGCUUGAGGGCUUGGAAGGGGAGAGUAGAGGUGUGGAUGCUGAGGAUAUGGAGAUGGAGAGGAUUUUGGAGGAGAAACUUCGAUUGGCGGAGACGAGGAAUAGACGGCGGGGGAGGGAGAAUAGGGGAGGAGGAGUAGGGGAUAGUGAGAUGGAGGAAAGCUUGCAAGAAGUCACGGAGACUAGUGUAGUUGGAGAAGAGGAUUGGACAGGGGCUGAUGAGUCGGGAGUUUGAAGCCCUGUGGCCAUGGACGAGGAGCGUCGUGGAUAGCCUUUAUCGAUCUCAUGAUGAUUCAUUCUUAAAAUCGCAAAGAUCGUUACACCAAGCUCACUGCUUAGGACACGGCAUCAAUCGGUUCUCGCAUGAGCUUCAAACAUAGAGGCUGUCAUUAAUUUAUAAGAGUUCUCGGGAAAUCCAAAAGGAGCCCCCCCUAAGAAGAUCUACAUCAC